AUGUCAGAUUUAGGCACUUCAAUUGGCCCACAGAGGCGUGAUUCAAGGUACACGCCCUCUAAGCCUUCAAAACCGUAUCAAAGACCGAGUCCAACUCCCACUCCGACACAGAAUAACACUGCCAGUCUCUUAUCCAGCGUACGCUCACUCGUCUCCAAGCCUUUUUCCUGGCUUUCUGGGGGCGUGAGUAAUCAUCCAGACGAAGAGUCCGCUCAACAAGUUCAAUCUCCAUGGUCUAAAGGUGAAGAACCACGCUCAGAACACGCACCACGCGCACCACACGCUCCACCAAAGGCUAAACAAAGGCCGCACACCUUUUAUAAUGAUCUGCCGCCUUCAAUGGCUAAAUCUAAUCAUUUACAGAUUCCUGGUAAUAGGCAAACUACUCUUUCACCUAAAAUGUCUUCUUCUUUCAAUGGCAGUGGUAGUGGUUAUGGCUCUGCCUACAACAACAACAACAACAAUUUACAAAACUCUCCUUUCACUCCCGUUAAACACCCACGCCGCUCUCUCCUCUCUAAUGGCAGGAACGCUUCCCCCUUACUCCCACGCACCAGGUAUAGAACUCCAACUGUUCCCACUAAGGAUCACAACCCUCUGCAAUCCAUUCUCUCCGCGGCAACCAACGAUCCUUACCACUCGACUGCCCAUAAACGAUCAUCUGUUAUCGAUCCAUCCCCUGAAAGACCGUCCAAGAGAAGAAUGGUAUACAACGAACAAGCAGACGAGUUCAUGUCUUUAGAGGAAGCCCAAGCCAGAAAACCUCAACCCCAACCUCCAAAAAACGAGGCUGAGAGAAUUCUACUGGCUUUGGAGAAGAUGCGAACUCCGCUCACUGAUGCACGCAAAUCAAAUCCUCUUUCUGCUAGAGGACCUCUUCCAUCACAAUCACAGCAAUCACAGCAGUCAUACAACUUGCCUACCAUCUCAAUUCCUAUUCCCAAGCCAAACCCUGCAAAGAGCAAACUAGCUCCUCCAGUCAACAAAAAGGCAGAAGCUAUGAUUAGUCCCUACGCACGCAGCAAGCAUCGCAGGGAACAAGAGAGACGCCACCGCGAGCAUGACCUGAAAAGUAGCAAAUUACAGGAGAGACUGCCCAAAACACAACAACGACCACGUAGCAAGAUAGCUGUACCCAGCGAUGACGAGGAUGAGCAUGAAGACGGGUAUGUAGGUGAGCGAGAGCAGGGGGAUAAACAAGACAAUUCAAGUAAGGGCGUAGACAAGCCAAACCACUCUUCCCCACAUACCGCCCCAAUCGCUACUACGAGCGCGGCUAAAUUGUUCGCUCCAAUGUCUGGACAGGAUCAAUUCAAACCGGGCAAAGUUGGUGAAAAGGACGCAAAUGGCGCAGAUAAAGGCCCUAGUGCUACCGAUAGAGCUAGGUCGUCGCUCAGGGCGCGCACCAUGACCAGCAGCAGACAACACUCAUCAGCCGCUCGCAAACCACGUGAAGAUACUGCUGAAAUCGAUGAAGAAGAGGAGGAACGUAAGCGUCAGGCGGAAAGGGAUGCUUUGAAGAGUGUUCCAGUGGUUAAUUUCAACUUUGAUGGUAUCGCCAGUCAACAAAGUGCUCCUACUCCUGCUCCUGCUCCUAAUCCCAAGCUUAACUUCAAUUUACCGGAAGAAACUGAUGUUAAGGAGCAGAAUGAGCAGACUAAACCUGCCACACCCAAACCAGCAACACCUUUCUCUUUCGGCGGUGAGUCGACAACACCCAAAGGACCUCCACCAGCAGCCAUCUUUGACAAUAAGGAUGAGAAGGAGAAGGAGAAGAAGGAUGACAGCAAGCCACAAUCACAACCACCACUCGGUUUCUCUUUUGGCGCACCCAAGUCUGAAAAAACCCAGAAGGAGAAAGAAGAAGAAGAGAACUCAAAGAAAGCAGCAGCGGAAAAACCAAAUCCAUUCGCCCUGUUUGAAGCCAACAAGAAGGAGGAUGACAAGCCAAAGUCAGUACCUACUUUCAGCUUUGGUGGUACUGCAGAGCAUAAUAAGGAUGACAAGGAUGACAAGGAGGAGACCAAGUCCAAUCCAUUCUCUCCUGGCGCUCCGUUAGAAAAGAAGGACGAAAAUAACCAGAAGAAUGAAAAGCCAGCUGCUGCACCCGCUUCAUUAGGUGGAUUCUCAUUCGGCAAGCCACCAAGCCAAGACUCCAAACCUGCAUCACCCUUCUCUUUCGGGGGAGCACAGACGGACGAGAAGACGCCUUCUCUUCUCAGCCGCUUCAGCAACAAGCCUGAAGGCAAGGCAGAUACCACCGAUGCAACUGGUGGAGAUAAACCAGCGUCUCCAGCUCCAUUAUUCGGCAAGCCAGCUGAAGAAAAGGGUGAGAGUAGCGCAAGCAAAAGCAGUGCAUUUAGUUUCGGUGUUGCGCCUUCUACCAAACCUGCAUCAAGCUCGCCUUUCUCCUUCGGUGGAGGUGGUAGCUCUGGUGGUUCGUUUGGAGCUACAAAGCCAGCGGAAGAAGAGAAGAAAGAUGUCGAAAAAGGCACGGGUGGUGCAUUCUCAUUCACCAAACCGCAAUCGGAUGAGUCGAAACCUAACAGCUCCAACGGCGUUUUCGGAGGCGGUAGUUCAGGUUCAGGAGCAGCAUUCUCCUUUGGUGCCCCUAGUGAGAUUAAGGAGAGCAAAGAGAGCAAGAAUGAGGUCAAUGGUGGCAGCGGUUCUUUUGCUUUCGGACAGCCUAAACCCGCUGAAAAUGAGGAGAAGAAACAGCCGACAUUCUCUUUCGGGCAGCCUGCAAAAGCUGACGAAAAGUCACCUGGAGCAGCAUUUUCUUUUGGAGGUAGUGCCCCAGCAACAGACGAUAACAAACCUAAGUCAAGCUCUCCAUUCUCUUUUGGCGCUGGUGGUAACGACACUGCAAAGCCACCAGUGUUCGGAGCACCUGCAUCUGCGCCAGCACCUGCAUCUCAAUCCACUGAACCAAUAAAGCCAUCAAGUCCAUUCAGCUUUGGUGCUUCGUCCACGAACCCCACCGACGCCUCUUCCAACACGUCCAAACCUCCAUUCGCAUUCGGCGGCUCGCAGACGACUUUGUUUGGAAAUUCGCAGCCAGCCAGUACCGAUAAGCCCACAUUUUCAUUUGGUGGAGCCACUGCGUCUGCAUCGGCGGGUGAGAACAAGUCGUCGUUUGCUUUUGGCGGUGGCGAAGCGAAGCCGACGAGCACGAGUGAAACUGUCUCGUCGACGCCCUCAUUUGGAUUUGGUGGUGGUGGUGGUAGCAUACCUUCUUUCCAAUUUGGUGGUGCUGGCGGUACUGGAAGUGCUGGUGGGGCAUUUGGCGCGGCAAAACCGCAACCACAGCAGCAGCAGCAGAGCAAUGGCGGUGGUGAUUCUAUGGAAGAAUCCCCAACACGUCCAGCCGGUUCAGCACCACUUUUCGGUGCACCAGCGACUGCACCCACAUCCACACCCACGCCAUUUGGAGGUGGUGCUUCCAGUGGAGGCUUCGGAUUCGGCCAGUCACAACCACCUGCACCUGCAGCAGGAGCGGGAGCAUCGCCUGCAUUCUCGUUCGGCGGCGGCAGUGCACCCUCGAGCGGCGCAAGCACAGGAGCUUUCGGCUUUGGAGCAGCACCCGCUCCAGCUCCAGCUCCAAGCGCCUCUAGCACCAACAAUACCGCCCCUAGCUCUCCAUUUGCAUUCGGUUCAUCUGCACCCGCUCCCGCGCCCAACCCAUCCACCCCGCAACAAGCUCCUGGAUCACCUUCCCUCUUCAACAUAGGCACGGGAUCGCCAGCUCCAGGCACACCCAACUCAUCGCGGCCUGUGAAGCCAUUGCGUCGGAAUAGACGCUAA